GUCACGUGUUGUUGUUGGGCCGUGAAAGCUGCUUCCGGGUCAAUGCAGGACACUAGGCUCCAGCGGCCAGAGGUGGGGACGAGAAUUUUAGGAACGAAAGAUGGAUCAACCUAGUGGGAGAAGUUUUAUGCAAGUAUUAUGUGAAAAAUACAGUCCUGAGAACUUUCCUUAUCGCCGUGGUCCUGGGAUGGGAGUCCAUGUCCCAGCCACACCUCAGGGCUCCCCUAUGAAAGAUCGCCUCAACCUCCCGAGUGUACUGGUACUGAACAGCUGUGGAAUAACCUGUGCAGGAGAUGAAAAAGAAAUUGCUGCCUUCUGUGCUCAUGUAUCAGAACUAGAUCUUUCUGACAACAAACUUGAAGACUGGCAUGAGGUCAGUAAAAUUGUGUCAAAUGUUCCCCAGUUGGAGUUUCUAAAUCUGAGUUCCAAUCCUCUGAAUUUGUCGGUUUUAGAAAGAACCUGUGCUGGGUCCUUCUCUGGGGUUCGCAAACUUGUCCUCAACAACAGCAAAGCUUCUUGGGAGACAGUCCACACGAUACUUCAGGAGCUACCAGAUUUGGAGGAGCUUUUCCUGUGCCUUAAUGACUAUGAAACAGUGUCUUGUCCUUCUAUUUGCUGUCAUUCUCUUAAGCUACUACAUAUAACAGACAAUAACCUCCAAGACUGGACUGAAAUACGGAAGUUAGGAGUUAUGUUUCCUUCCCUGGAUACCCUUGUCCUGGCCAACAAUCAUUUAAAUGCUAUUGAGGAGCCUAAUGAUUCACUGGCAAGGUUAUUUCCUAAUCUACGAUCUAUCAGCCUUCAUAAGUCAGGUUUGCAUUCUUGGGAAGAUAUUGACAAACUAAAUUCAUUCCCUAAACUUGAAGAAGUGAGAUUAUUAGGAAUUCCUCUUCUGCAGCCAUAUACCACUGAGGAGCGAAGGAAGUUGGUGAUAGCCAGAUUGCCGUCAGUUUCCAAACUUAAUGGCAGCGUUGUUACUGAUGGUGAGCGAGAAGAUUCUGAGAGAUUUUUUAUUCGUUACUAUGUUGAUGUUCCACAGGAAGAAGUGCCAUUCAGGUAUCAUGAACUGAUCACAAAAUAUGGAAAGUUGGAGCCUUUGGCAGAAGUGGACCUGAGACCUCAGAGCAGUGCAAAAGUAGAAGUCCACUUUAAUGAUCAGGUGGAAGAAAUGAGCAUUCGUCUGGACCAAACAGUUGCAGAACUAAAGAAACAAUUAAAAACUCUAGUGCAAUUGCCCACGAGCAACAUGCUUCUCUACUAUUUUGAUCAUGAAGCGCCCUUUGGCCCAGAAGAAAUGAAGUACAGCUCUCGGGCAUUGCAUUCCUUUGGCAUUAGGGAUGGAGAUAAAAUUUAUGUGGAAUCUAAAACAAAAUAACCUCUACCAGCCUUGUGAAAACACACAGGACUUCUUACAGGGCAUGUGUUUCCAAUGUGGUUUUCUUUAGGAGGGAGAAGUUUGUUUUUGUUUGUUUUGUUUAGGUUUCAGGGGGCAUGUUUUGUAUAUUUUUCCCCUAGGAUGGGUAGGGG